AUGUUCUUCAGCAAGUCCUUCGCUCUCCUCGCCCUCGCUCUCUCUGCAUCCGCGUUGAGCACGCCCCACAUUGCUCGCGACCUGCACCACCACCGCUCCAUCGCUCAGCGCGCUCCCAUCGCCGAGCCUGCCGCGGUUCCCAUUGUCACGCCUCCCCGCAAGCGGUCGAACAAGAAGCGUUGCGUUCCCAACAGCAGCGCUGCCGUUCCUUCCUCGUCUACUGUCCCCAGCAGCUCUGCGGUUGCCUCGUCUUCCGCCGACCCGGUUGUUGCAACCUCUGUCGCUCCGGUCAACGUCGCUCCGAGCCCGCCCAUCGCGUAUUCUUCGGACCCCGCAGUGGCGUCCAGUUCGGCGGUUGAUCCUCCCGCCAGUAGCUCGGUUGAUCCUCCCGCCAGCAGCUCGGUUGAUCCUCCCGCCAGCAGCUCGGUUGACCCUCCCGCCAGUACUCCGGUUUACACGCCGGCUCCUACCACCUCUCCUACGCCGACUAGCUCCGCUGCUGCUCCGAUUCAGACCUCCUCCUCUAGCAAUAACGCGGGUUGGCCAUUUGCCAGUGGCCAAACCUACACCGGUGAUGCCACUUGGUACGAGACCGGCCUUGGUGCUUGCGGUAUUACAAACACCGACGCGAACCCCAUUGUCGCUGUGUCGGAACUCCUGUUCGACACGUACCCUGGUUACACCGGUUCCGACCCGAACAGUAACCCGGUUUGCAACAAGCAGAUUGCCGCGUCUUACGGUGGCAACACGGUUACUCUUACAGUCACUGACCGGUGCGUGGCCUGUGCCGAGACCAGCCUCGACCUCUCCCCCUCCGCAUUCCAGGUGCUUGCCCCCUUGGGCAGCGGUCGUCUCACUGGCAUGACCUGGCAGUGGGUUUAA